AUGCACCACUUUUUUAUCAAUUUAUUACUCUUACCGCUGAUUAAAGAAUCAGAGCCGCCAUUAAAAGCUUAUGAAGCCUCUUUGUCUUUUUCCUCCUCUUUCUCUCAGGAGGUUUUUUUUCUAUCUUUAUUUUCUCCUACUUUUUUUUUCUUUCUACUCGUCUUUCUCUCAUCUGGUUUUAUUUUUUAUUAUUUUUUUUCUGUCACUUGGCUUCUUUUUCUUUCUACUCAUCAUCUUUUAAGUGUUUUUUUUUUUUUUUUUUUUUUUUCUGUUUCGUGUAUUCUUUUUCUUUCUUUUUUCCUUUUCUUUCACGUGUUUUAUUUUCUUUCUACUCGUCUUUCUCUCACAAGUCUUUUUCUUCUAUCUCUGAGCACUGUUUUUUCUCUUGUUUCUUAUUUCUUGACAUUUGCUUUCUUUUUUUUCUUUCUACUCAUCUUUCUUUCAUCUGAUUUUUUUUCUUCUUUCUUAUUUUCUGUGUUUUUUUUUUUUUUUCCUUUCUUAUUUUCUGUCACUUGUUUUAUUUUUUUUCUACUCGUCUUUCUUUCGGGUGAUUUUUUUUCCUAUUUUCUUUCACGUGCUUUCUUUUUUCUGUCAUUUUUUUUCUUUUUCUUUCUAAUUGCUUUUCAUUCACGUGUUUUAUUUUUCGUUCCACUUGUUUUUUCUUCUACAUCUUUUCUUUUAUCUUUCUUCUCAUUUUUCUUUCGCGUCGUUUUUUUUUUUUUUUUUUUUGGUUUCACGUAUUUUCUUUUUCUUUUUAUUUCCUUGUCUUUCACGCGUUUUUCAUUCUUUUUAUUUUCUUUGUUUCCACGUAUUGUCUUUCUUUUUUUUACAUUUUUUUCACAUGUUUUCUGUUUUUUUUUUUUCUACUUGUUUAUCUUCACUGUCUUUUUUUUCUUUCUUCUCGUUUUUCUUUCGCAUCUUUUUUCUUUCUUUUUUCACGUCUUUUCUUUUUCUUUCUGUUUGCUUUUCUUUCCCUUGUUUUCUUUUUUCUUUUUCUUUGUUUUUCUUAUGGAUUUUUCUUCUUUUUUCUUUCCCUCGUUUUUCCUUUCUUUUUAUUUACUUAUCUUUCAAUUAUUUUCUUUUUCUUUCUGCUUGUUGUUUUCUUUUUCUUUCGGUACUUUUUCUUCCUUUUUUAAAAAUCUUUCUUAUUUUUUAGACUUUUUCUAUCCUUUUUAUUUACAUAAUUUAUGUCGGUUCUUCUUGUUCUGCUCUUUUCUCUCUCAUUUUCAUUCUUUGCCCGACAAAAUUUGCUUUUUUUUCUCUUUUUUCCUUCUUUUUAAGUUUUCGUUUUUUUUAAUUUCUUUGCUAGUCUCUUAUAUGAUUUCCUCUUUUUCUAUUUUUCCUUCAUUUCUUUUUAGCUGA